AUGAUGUUUCGUGAUCAGGUGGGCGUUCUGGCCAGCUGGUUCAAGGGAUGGAACGAGUGCGAGCAGACGGUGGCUCUGCUCUCCCUGCUGAAGAGGGUGAGCCGGACCCAGGCCCGCUUCCUGCAGCUCUGUCUGGAGCACUCCCUGGCAGAGUGCACCGAGCUGCAGGUCCUGGAGGGAGAAGCCAACAGUCCAGUUUUUAUCAGCCAGUGGCAAGGAGAGCCAAAGGAGCGCGUGAUCUCGCUGGUCCUGACCCACCUUCCUCUGCUCAAACCCGGCAACACGGAGGCCAAAGGCGAGUACAUGCGCCUGCUGCCCCGCAUCCUGGCCCACACCAUCGACCACGGCCACCACCUGGAGGAGUCCCGCCAGCUCCUGUCCUACGCCCUCAUCCACCCCGCCACCUCCCUGGAGGACCGGGCCGCUCUGGCACAGUGGCUCAACCACCUGGAGGAGAGGGCGGCCGCCCGGGGAGACUCCCUGGAGCGGCCCCCGCCCUCCGGGCCCCACUACCACCACCACCACCACCAGACCACGCCCCCGUCCACCCUCACCUCCUCCGGAUCCUCCUCCUCCACCAACACCUCGUCGUCGGGGAACCUCUACAGCCUGCACCACCACCAGCGCUACGGCUCGGACGACCGGCUCAACGGGCUGCAGAGCUCCCGGGACUCGGGAAUCGGGGGGGGCUGGCAUCAGCAGCAGGGCUGUGAGAACGGACACCUCCCUCUCUACCCGUCGUCCUCCGUGCCAGCAACCAUCAACACCGUCGGAACCGGCGGGGGAAGCAACACUGUCCUGACUUGUGGAGGAGGCAGUCAGCAGCACAGUCCCCUAAAGCGCUCUGUGUCCCUCACGCCUCCCAUGAAUGGCCCCAGCAGCCAGGCCCUGGGCCACGUCUGGCUGUCCCAGGAGGACAUCCGGACAGCCAGAGGUCCGGCUCCAGACCAUGCUCCUCUCUCACCCCAGAGCAGCAUCGCCUCGUCGGGCAGCGGCGGCAGCGAGCACCUGGAGGACGCAGGUUUUGGAGGCGGGUCAGGGCUGCACCGCAGUUCCUUCCAUGAGGAGGGAAGUGGCAUGAGGGAUGUUCCCGCAUGGCUGAAGAGUCUUCGCCUCCAUAAGUACGCUGCUCUCUUCUCCACAAUGACCUACGAUGAGAUGAUGUCGCUCACUGAAGAGCAGCUGGAGGCCCAGAAGGUCACUAAAGGAGCACGGCACAAGAUCGUCAUCAGCAUUCAGAAGCUCAAAGAGAGGCAGAAUCUCCUGCGCUGCCUGGAAAAGGAUGUGUUGGAGGGCAGCAAUCUCCGCAGCCCGCUCCAGGAGCUGCACCAGAUGAUCAUGACUCCCAUCAAGGCCUUCGGCGGGGGCGAGGAGUCCUCCCUGCAGCGCCCCCUGCUGAGCCCCGACAGCAAGAGCGCGGCCCCCGGCUCCCACCUGGGCGGGGGGGAGGCAGAGUCCGGGGCCAGCGUCAUCGCUGAGGGGGACCUGCCCGGCCAGUUCACCCGCGUCAUGGGGAAAGUGUGCACCCAGCUGCUGGUGUCCCGCUCAGACGAGGACAGCAUCAGCUCCUACCUGCAGCUCAUCGACAAAUGCCUCAUCCACGAGUCAUUCACCGAGACGCAGAAGAAGAGGCUGUUGUCAUGGAAACAGCAGGUCCAGAGGUUGUUCCGGUCCCUUCCAAGGAAAACCCUGCUCGACAUAGCGGGAUACCGACAGCAGAGGAGCCGUUUCGGUCAGUCCAACUCUCUCCCCACCACUGGCUGUGUCGGAGGCAGCAUGUCGGCCCGGAGGAGCCACCACCAGUUCCAGAUGCCCUCCAGGAGCCUGCCGGGCGCCAGGCUCGGCCUGCUGGGCAGCGGGGGGCUGCUGGGACCAACACCUCGCAGCUCCAGCGGCACCCCCACAGGCCCCAAGCAGGGGAGACAUGGUCCGUGGUUUGCCAACCCUGGAGGAAGCAACAGCAUGCCCAGCCGGACCCACAGCUCCGUGCAGAGGACCCGCUCCCUACCGGUUCACACCACACCACAAACCAUGGUCAUGUUCCAACAAGCAGACCUUCAAUUACCAGCGACGGAGCCGGAUAUAAACAAUCGCCUUGAGUCUCUGUGUCUGAGCAUGACAGAACACGCAUUGGGAGACGGUGCUGACCGCACAUCUACGAUAUGA